GCGCAUCCGUUCUAUUCCUAGCCAUAAAGAAACGAAAAGAGAAGAAAAGGAAAGAAAUGGCGAUGAAAUUAUCUCUAAUCGAAGAUUUUGGAAAUGAUUUCAAAAAGGGACACGGUUUAAAAAUAUUAGAUUAUCCGUUGGUUGUGGCGGCCACAAAUGGAUUUUCAUCUGAAAAUAAGUUAGGACAGGGGGGUUUUGGACCAGUUUAUAAGGAAACUUUGCCAACGGGAGAGGAGGUUGCUAUAAAAAGACUUUCAAAAAGUUCUGCACAAGGAAUUGUGGAGUUCAAAAAUGAAGUAACACUUAUAUGUGAGCUUCAGCACAUGAAUCUUGUUCAACUACUUGGUUGCUGCAUUCAUGAAGAAGAGAAGAUUCUAAUUUACGAGUAUAUGCCCAACAAAAGCUUGGAUUUCUAUCUUUUCGAUUGUUCAAGAAGCAAAUUACUAGAUUGGAACAAGCGUUUCAACAUAAUACAAGGAAUUGCUCAAGGAUUAUUGUAUCUGCACAAGUACUCAAGACUCAAAGUCAUUCACAGAGACUUGAAAACCAGUAACAUACUUCUUGAUGAGAACAUGAAUCCCAAAAUUUCAGAUUUUGGAAUGGCCAGAAUGUUUACUCAACAAGACUCAAUAUCAAAUACGAACAGGGUUGUUGGGACAUACGGUUAUAUGUCUCCAGAAUAUGCUAUGGAAGGAAUUUUUUCUACAAAGUCAGAUGUGUACAGCUUUGGAGUGUUGUUGCUUGAAAUAGUUAGUGGACGAAAAAACACUGGUUUUUUUUAUGAUGAUGACCACCCAAUAAAUCUAAUUGGGCAUGUAUGGGAAUUAUGGAAAGAUGAAAAGUGUUUUGAAUCAGUGGAUCCAUCAUUAGAGGAGUCAUUUGAUUAUGAUGAAGUGCAGAGGUGUAUUCAUGUUGGUCUCCUAUGUGCUGAACAUUAUGCAAAUGAUCGACCUACAAUGUCUGACGUUAUAUCAAUGUUGACAAACAAGAGUGCAAUAGUGUCUUUGCCUUCAAGACCAGCAUUCUAUAUUCAAAGAAAUAUGUUUAACGAGAAUUUAUCUUCUUUAGAGUUGUGUACUGCUUCCACAAUAAAAACUACUACUUCAUUGGAGAUAGAAUAAACCAGAGUAAGUUAUGUACUAACUAGAAAAAGAAACUAGAAAUUGCCGACUAAGAAAUGCUUACGUUAUAUAUAUUUUUAGGGGGAGCACU